GAUUUAAUAACAGUAACUGUUUAACAAUCAAUUGAAAUACUAUUUUUUCUUUCUUUCUUCAUUGUAAACAAGGAAGUUUAAUUAUGAAAAAAUAUCACAAAUAAAAUACGUGUACUAUAUAUUUAUAUUUAGCUAGGGAAACCAUAAAUCGUCCUAAAUAUAGACGAUAUGGAAAGAUUACACAAUAAGAUCUUAUUCAUAAUUCUUUUUACACGUAAAAUGUUGUGAACUAUUAGGAUAGAAAGAAACAAAUGUAUACUUUGUUGAAUAAGCAAUGAUCCUGAUGAAAGUUUGAAUUAAACGGCCGAACAAUUCCAGAAAACAUAUAAAAAUGGAGGAUGAGCUUCUUAAAGCUGCACAGGAAAUCCAGAUAUCCCAGAGGUUUAUGCUGAAGAGAUUAAACGAAAUAUAUCAUACGUCAGAUGGACAAUGCAGUUGCGCAAGGUCACAAGAACAUUACAGAAGAGAAAUCGACGAAUUAGAAUCCAAGGUAAAAGAACUAGAAAGUGUCAUAAAUGAAAAAGAUACUCUUCAGAAAGAAGAAGAAAAAGAACAUCAAGAGUUAAAAGAACGAGUUGAGUUGCUUGAAACAUUUGUGAUGACACUUCAAACGGACGAUUCUAAGAUACACUCUGCAACUUUGAAACAGAAAAGAGAUGAGAUAGAAAAUGGACAUGCUGUUUCUGAGAAAGUCUUCCGAAAUGCUAAUCUUCAGGAUACAUAUCAGACUAAAAGCAGUGAGAAUGUAAGUCAAGUAUAUCGUACACAUAGCAUUGAAUAUUCCAAAGCCUCAACAGAAAAGAGUACUUCAGACGAUGUUUUCACCAAGAAAACAGUACCUCAGGAAAAACUGUCACCCUUGUUAGCUAAAUCUAAAGAAAACACCGUUGCACAAGAACCAGUUGUAAAGAAAGACAAUUUCGUUUCAGAAAGCAGGAAGAAGCAAACUGCACUAACUAAAGGAUCUUCAAGAUUACUUAAACCACCAGUAAAGGAACCCGAAGGUGCAAGCCGAGAUGCCGCCUUUACAAUGGAGUCCAUUAAAAUGGUUGAGCAGACAGAAAGAAAGACACAUGGCAAUGAAGGUUAUUGGAGAUACCUAGCAAGAAUUGAAAUCGAAGAUGGGCAGAGAACACUUAGAGAUUUACAGGGUGUUCAUACUACUAUUAUUCUUGAUAUCUCAGCAAGUAUGGCGGAAGAAAAUGCAUGGACGCAUGCAUCAAGAUUUGUUCUAGAUUAUCUUAACGGCCUUGAGGAAAUCUCCACGCGGUAUGGACUUUCCAAUGAACAUGUGGCCCUGGUGACGUUUGGACACGAUACACGAGUGCAACAGCGGUUAACGAAUAAAUACAAGUUGAUUCGACAGCUUGUUGAAAAUCAGCGGCUCGGAGGACCAAGUCCACUGUAUGGAGGACUGGCAUUGGCAAUAGCAGCAGCAGGAUCAUCAAUUCACCAUAUAGAGAAAGUUAAUCAAGUGGCAGUAUUUCAUAAAGUAAUAAUAGUGACGGACGGUUUUAUUACUGAAGUAGGCCAGUAUGAAGGACCGGAUAAAGCAGUCGAAGAUUUAAACGAAACUAAAGCAAAGUUAAUACAGAUCAUGGAGGAAUUCAAGGGCAGUCAACCUGACAUGUAUUAUGUCCAAGUAGGGAAAGGAAGCGAAGAAACACGACAGUUUAGCGAAUUAAUGAUGGCUAUAGUAGAUGGCAAAAAACUUGAUUACAAAUCUGGACGACAGUUUUCAAGGCGUACUUAUUUAACAUCGAAAAUAUCAGAUCCGUUUGGACUUGAUCCGUUGUCACUGUUCGGAGGUGGUCGCCAAUCAUUUGAAGAUUGUUCCCAGGAAGACAAGCUUAUGAUUGAGGAAAUUAAAAGUGAUGCGCGAAAAUCUUUGUUCACCGGAAUGCUAGCAAAGCAGUCGAGAAAUACAUACAAGGAGUUAUCAGGUAGUAAUUUACCACCAUUGGGAAGCCGUGUAAGGCGAGGACCAGACUGGCAUUGGGACAUGCAAGAUAGCAACGGUCCUGGCACAGUAGUUGGACAUGGUGAUGAUGGAGUGCAUGUAUGGGUUGAAUGGGACGAAGAUGGUCGAGUCAAUGUUUACGGGUAUGGGGCAACUGGUUAUGAUGUUCUCAUUGUUGAUGAACCCCGAAAACUGAAGAUUGGGCAAGAAAUCGCAGUUGGUUGUGUUGUUAGACCAGGUAAAGAUUGGACAAAAUCUGCAGGAAACGCUCAAAACUGGCAAAGAGGGGUCGUUAUCAAAGUUACAGAGCCCAAAGCUACAGUCCGCUGGGAGGAUAAAGAAAGAGGGGAUUACACUUACAGUGGAACUGGAAAAUGUGAAAUAGAAGUUUGUUCUGGAUUUCGAGCUUUUGGCUCAGAAGGACAUACUCUUGGAUCAGAUUUUACAGAAAGGCAACCAGACAAAAAGAAAAAGAACAAAAAUAAAAAUGUCAACUGAUAUCAAUAAAAACGUAUUGUGUUGGUGCCAUACCAUUUGUUGACAUGAUAUGAUCUACGGACAAAAAUUAUUAGAAUAAAAUUUACCUAGGAGAAACGUGUGAAAUUAAGUGAUCAAUUCCUUAAAUAUGAAGAAGAAGAAGAAAUGAAAUUACUCUUUCACUUACAGCAUUAGCAAAUAUAUACGAAAAAGCUGUAGCUUUCCGUAUACCAUUUUAAUGACAUAUCCAUUGUAUAAGUGAAAAAAACAUACAUUUUUGUAAAUAAUGUCAGAAUAUUUUGAUGCAUAUUCAGAAAUUUAUUGGAUUAAAAUUCUUAGAAAUCAAAGGCAACUUAUCGGCACGACAAUUGGUGAUCGUCGGAAUCUGUCAAUUGCAACUUUCAUACUUUCAUUACAACUUUCUCAUUAUCGAUACAUGAUUGUUGAAAAGUACUCGCUUAUUAUACACCAUUUUUUGCAAUAAUUCGUUACCAUGAUAGACUUUUGUUAAUCAUCGACUAGUGACUAUUACUGAAAUGUCAAAUUUCUGUAUAUGAAAUAUAAUUGUAAUAAUGUGAUACGUUUUAUAACAAGUACAAGUGAGGAUUGUUUCUUCAAUAAUAUGUUUGUAUACAUUUUAAACACAAAUUUUAGACAAAAUACAUUUGUAUUAUAAAAAAUAAUAAUAAUAAAUAAUAAGAAUAAUAAUAAAAAAUCAAAACAAAAAUAAAAAAAAUCAUAAAAUCACAGGGUUCAUCUUAUUGUUAUGGUACACAUGUAUUCAUUACUAAGACUUUGAUAUCUUUAUCGAUCAUUUUUAUAUGUUCAUAUUUUGAUUUAUGUUCAUUUUUUUUAUGUCGAAAGAGCAGAAAUGAGAAAUAUACAUUUUGUUGCUAUAGGCAAAUGUCAGCAAGUUCAUCAGACAUGUAAAUUGUAAUAUGCAUCAAGUCAUCAGCAUUAUCUUUGUUUGCACACAUUCCAGUCAAAUUCUUUUUCAAUGCCGUCCGUUAUCAUUAUUAUAUAUCUCCUUCCAAUGAUUUUUUAUGUGUGUAUAUAAAAGUUUAUAGAAUUACAUAUUUUUCUAAACAUUUUAAAUUCAACUAUUUUUAAAGUGUAUAAAACUAUAUAUCUGAUGAAAUAUUUUAUAGCAAUUGGAAUAAAAAACACAAAAAAACAACAACAAAAAAACAAAACAUAACAGUAGAAUUAUGUUGUUUUCAUAACUUUGUAACAUAAAAAUUCUAUAUAUUAAUGCAACAUACAUAUAUAUUGUACAUAAACAGAGUAUUUAUAUAUGGCUUAUUGAAAAUAAUUGACAAUGAAAAUUUUUAGUGUAUGAAAAAUUGACACCUAUGGAUCGAUUUUAUCUGUUUAAUGUACAUAGCUUAUUACUAUUAUUGAAAAUAAUUGCAAGAGUAUAAAUAAUUGAGAUUUUGCUAAAUUAAAUGUAUUACAAUGUACUCAAAUCAUGCAAAUUGAAAUAUAAUAAAAAUGAAAUCAUGA